AUGAUUCCAACCAACAUGGAUAAUCCCGUAGAGCACUUUGGACUCUCCAAAGAGCAAAAAGAGCAGCUGGAACUCCUUGCUAAAUUCCAUAACGAAAAUCUCCUCUCGGACGAAGAUUAUGAAAAACAAAAACAGAGUAUCAUUGAUGGUAGUUUCAAGCUAGAGGAAGAAGAGCCUGUUCAUGAAGUAGGUGAUAAUUUAUCGAGCAGUGAUGAAGAAGAUCACAAGGAACCAGAGGCACAAAAGCCAACCCCAAGCUCUUCCGAUCAAGAACAAAAUCACCAAAACGGAGUUCUUGCAUCCUCUAGUGAGCCACAAACAACAACUUCGGAAACAAUCAUCCCAACUCCCAACGUUGAAACGACUCCAAUUAAUGGCACGAAUGAUGGUGUUGAAUCAUCGAAUCCAACUACUGCACCACCAACAACAACAGAUGCCACAGAGAAGAAUGGAACCACUCCAUCUACUACUGCUUCAGUCAGCAGUGUUGCGGGCAAUGAAAGCCAAACAGUGAUUGCUGCAGUGGUGAAUGUCGAAGUGGAACAAAAAGAUUUUACAAAUGGAACUAUUGGAGUGGUGAGCAAGAGUUUGGAUUUAGAUAUUCUUGAAACCAAACCAGUUGAAAUUUCAAUGAAAUAUUUGGAAAAUUAUGGAUUUGAAAUUGGAGAAGAUGAAGAAAUGACUAAAGUGUUGAAACCUCUUUUUGAAAAACAACGAGAUUUCAAUGAAAAGAAAAUUAAUAGACAGAGAAAUAGAUGGAAGGAAUUUAUCAAAAAACACAAUAUCGGACCAAAUGGUUUUACAACAUUGGAAGAGUACGAGCAACAGCGUAUUUUCCACUUUAUUGAAGAAUCAAACGAAUUCAAAAAGCUUGUUAGAAAAGGUAUUCCAAUGGAGUACAGGGCUGUGAUGUGGUACAUUAUCAGUGGAGCUAACUAUCAAUUCCUUACGCACAAGGAUGUUUUUGACAAGUUGAAGGAAAAAGCACAAUCCAUCCCUGUAGAAGAAAGAGAAAAAGACAAAAAUUUUACAUGUAUUUGCAAAGAUGUGGAUAGAACAUUCCCUACACAUCCUUUCUAUAAGGAUCCACACAAUCAAAUUGCCUUAAGAAAUGUUCUCUAUCUCUAUUCGCUACACAAUCCAAAAGUUGGAUAUUGCCAAGCAAUGAACUUCCUUGCAGGUAUCAUGCUUGUCGUCGGUAUGAAUGUUCAACAAGCAUUCUUCACUCUUGAUAGAAUUAUCGAUCGUUACUUGCCACCAGAUUUAUACGACACUAAGAUGCAAGGAGUCUAUUCUGAAUCAUUUGUAUUGCAGAAAUUAUGUUUGGAUCGUAUUCCCAAGCUGGCACACCAUCUUUUAGCUCAAGAUCCAAACUUUUUCAUUUUGCUCUCACCCAAUUGGUUCCUUUGUAUCUUUUUAAAUAGCUUCCCAAUUGAAACAUCUCUCAGAAUUUGGGAUUGUUUCCUCCAUGAAAACUACAAGAUCCUAUAUCGUAUUGCCAUUGCUUACUUGAGCCUUAUCGAAAAGGAUCUGAUGAAGAGCAACGAUUUCCAGGCAAUUUAUUCCGCCACUAAAGACCACGCUCUCAAGAUGUUUGACUGUCGCCAUUUGAUCAAAAAGAGCUUUGGUAUUAGAAACUUCUCAAAGAAGAAAAUUUUAGAAUAUAGAGAAAUGUACAGAAACCAACAAAAAAACGAAGAGCAGUAA